AUGGCCCCCUACAGUGCCUACCCCCUAGAGGCUGGAAGGGACCGGGCGGCCGCGGGGGGCCGGCGGCGAGUGCGUCAGGCCAGCCUGGCUGUGCUGGUUCUCCAGAAUGCAUCGCUGAUCCUGAGCAUCCGUUAUGCACGGACGCAGCCAGGGCCACGCUUCCUGCCCACCACCGCUGUAGUCCUAGCCGAGCUGCUCAAGGGUGGCACCUGCCUCCUACUGCUAUUACUGCAGCACCGUGGCAGCAUGAAAGCGCUGGGGCUGGCGCUGCACGAGGCACUGGUGGUGCAGCGAGGCGACACCCUGCGCCUGGCCGUGCCAGCGCUCAUCUAUACCCUGCAGAACAACCUGCAGUAUGUGGCUAUCUCCAACCUGCCAGCCGCCACCUUCCAGGUCACCUACCAGCUGAAGAUCCUCACAACUGCUCUCUUCUCCGUUCUCCUCCUGGGCAAAAGCCUCUCACGUCUCCAGUGGUUUUCGCUGGUCCUUCUAUUCCUCGGUGUGGCCUCCGUUCAAGCUGGCCAGGCUGGGGGUGCCGAGGUGGGGGGAGCCACAGCUGGAGAUGCCUCCCAGCCAUCCCAGAGCUAUGCAGCUGGCCUGGCAGCGGUGGCAGCUUCCUGCCUGUCCUCAGGCUUCGCUGGCGUCUACUUCGAGCGACUGCUGAAGGGUGGCGCAGCCUCAGUGUGGCUCCGCAACCUGCAGCUGGGCCUCUUUGGCACAGCCUUGGGGCUGCUGGGCAUGUGGCUGACGGAUGGGCCAGCUGUUGCCCAUCGGGGCUUCUUCUAUGCCUACACACCGCUGGUGUGGGCUGUGGUGCUGAACCAGGCACUGGGGGGGCUGCUGGUGGCCGUGGUGGUGAAAUAUGCCGACAACAUCCUCAAGGGCUUUGCCACAUCGCUCUCCAUCGUGGCCUCCACAGCUGCCUCAGUGGGGCUCUUCGGCUUCCGUCCAGACCCACCCUUCCUGCUCGGUGCUAGCCUCGUGCUGGCUGCUGUCUACCUCUAUAGCCUGCCCCGCAGCGGGCCAGGCCAAGGGGACAAGGUGCCUGGGCCGCAGGCCCCACUGGGACCUCAGCCCCCUGGGCCGGAGACAGGAGUGGGAAAGGCACCAGAAAAGGAGAAGGGCUCCUGACUGCAGCCCUCAGCUACAUGGAUCCACCCCAGAGCUGGAUGCAGCUCGGUCCUCUCCAGGAAGUGAUAUACUUAGCCCAACUCCAGCUGUUGCGCUCCGGAACUGGCUGUAUCCUGGCCUGUUCUGCUCAGCCUUUUCUGAGUUGUGGCACCUCAGAGCUGGGCACAUCCAGGCCUGUUCUACUCAGCUGUUCCCCAGCAGCUCCACCCUAGAGCUGACCACAUCCUGGUGCCAGGCGAGCUCUCCCCGCCUUGGAGCUAACCGCCCCCAGCUCUGGUUGCAAGGAGUGGGGCAGGAAGGUUUCAGCUUAUCCCCCCCCCCCCAUCAGAUCUGGGGUGCUUGGGGAGGGAAUAGGGGCUCUGGGGUUAGAGCAGGCAGACUGGGAGUCCAGAUGCCUGGGUUCUCUGGGGGCUGGAAAUUUAGACUGUAGGGGGAGGGAGUCCAGAUGCCUGGGUUCCCUGGGAGGGGGUGUAUGCAUUGGAGCUGGGAGGGCUGGGAGUCCAGGUGCUUAUGUUCCAUCCCCAGCUUGGGGGAGGUCAGGGGGCCUGGACUUCUGGGUUUCCUGGUGAGGCCAGGGGCUUAAAACCCAGAUGCUCGGGUUCUCUAGCAAGGGAGGGGAGGGGAAGGGAACCUGUUGGGGUAGUGUUAGAGCCAGAACCCUGGACACCAGGGGUCUCUGCCUGCUCUCCCUGUGUGUUUCUAUACAUCAGAGUGGUGCUGGGGCCAGGAGGUGGGGGUUCUGCCUGCACCUACUUUUUUUUUUUUUACUGGAGUUUUGACUAUUUAUUGUGGUGCUAAUGCUGCUUUCCUAAACUAAGAACUGAAUCAGCGUCAUCUGUAAGGGUCUGGGAGACCAGAUGCCUGGGUUCUCUGGGACAGUGGUGGGGGCUGGGAACCGGACACUUGGGUUCUCUUCAGGGGCUAGGGUGGG